AUGUCGGGCUAUCCAGAAGAUUCCAUGUCCCGAAACCUGCUUGACAGAUGCCUGGAGGCAGCUGUAGCAAGGGGCACAGAUGUGUCCAGUGAAUACCACCCAUGGCUCCCUGUAGAUCUACUCCAAACGCUUAUGAUUGACGUUCACGAUUAUGCUGGCUGCUCGUGGCUCGCGGCGAUCAUAGCCACAUGUUUCGGCAUUCGACUCAUAGCCUUACCUGUCAGCGUAUCUGCCAUUCGCGGCACACGAGAGAAGGCGCUCCUGCAGCCCAAAUACGAGGAGCUGAUGGCAAAGCAGAAGGAGACGGAAGGAGAUCCGGUCAAGGCCCAAGAAGCACAAAAGAAGAUUCAAGCCUUCACCCAGAAGCACGGCAAGCUCUUCAUGAUGAAGGGCACCUGGAAUCUCUUUCUCUUCCAGAUGCCUCUGUACAUUACGGCGUUUGCGGCUAUGCGUGGCAUGGCCAACCACCCGGAUGUCUUCCGGGGCUUUGCCAUGGAGGCCCCGCUUUGGCUGGACAGCCUCGCUUUGUCCGAUCCAUACUACCUCAUGCCCAUCCUCACCAGUGCUAUCAUGAUGACAAACACCGAGCUUUUUGGUUCCGUGGAUACUGAAGCGGUGCCCACCACAACGGGUGCAGGUGGUGACGACAGCGGAUCACAGCUGGGCCAGAACACAAUGCAGAAGUAUCAGAAGUAUAUCAUGCGGGGAUCUGCUCUGAUGUUCAUUCCCUUUACUUCAGGAUUCCCGGCAGGCGUGUUCGUCUUCAUGUCCACCAACAUGGUCUUGGCUGCUGUGCAGAACCGUGUGCUUCGAAACCCUGCUUUGGAACGAUGGCUGGAGCUGCCGCCAAAAAAGAGCAAAGACUCCAAGGAACAGUUGGUCGGCCCCUCGCCCUGGCCUCCAGCGUUGGUUCCAUUGGGAUUGUCACUCGAACGGCCGCGUAAUGCUCUGCUGGGAACGCCGCAGACCAUCAAGCCGAAGACACGGGUAAUCCCUCCUCCGCAUGCACAGCUCAAGAAUAUUCCUUCCCUGUCCCCAGCGCGGGUGGAAGCUCGUGAUUCCGACAAGCCGCUAGCCGCUGCGAAUGCUCAGUUUGCCGUGCGGCGAGCACGGCCUUCACAGUCCUUGCCAAGUGAUGCAUAA